UGAGAAAAAAAGUUUGGAGGAAUACAGAGAGAGAGAGACAGACAGAGAGAGAGAGGAAAACGGUCUGGCUGCUUGAAGACAUGGACGCGCACCGCGGCGCGCCUCCGGCCGGGCAACAGGUCGUGCACGUCCGCGGGGACUCGCAGACGGAGCUGGAGGCCCUCUUCAGUGCGGUGAUGAACCCCAGCAAGGCGAACAGACAGCCGGCCUCCGUGCCCAUGAGGCUGAGGAAACUGCCGGACUCCUUCUUCAGACAGCCGGACCCCCGGGGCCACUCCAGACAAGCCAGUUCGGAUGGAGGUGUGUGCGGCUCCCUCACUCCUCAUCACGUCCGCGCCCAUUCCUCCCCUGCCUCCCUUCCAGUCAACUCCCUCUCCACUCAAGCAGCAGAUGUAGCAGCGACACCGAUCAUACCUGAUGACGUGCCGCUCCCCCACGGUUGGGAAAUGGCCAAAACGCUUACCGGCCAACGAUACUUCCUCAAUCACCUGGAUAAGACAACCACUUGGCACGACCCUCGUCUCUCGCAGCUUCAGUCGGCUGCAGCUCAGCAUCCUAUCUCUGGCACCCCGGUCCAUGCCCACUCCCUCAGCAACCCGGCACCCACAACGCAACCACAAAACAUCAAUCCAGAGACAGGUCCACUGCCUGAAGGCUGGGAGCAGGCUGUGACUGCAGAUGGAGAGGUGUACUACAUCGAUCACAUAAAUAAGACCACCACAUGGGUCGACCCGCGUCUAGCACAGAAGAUGAAUCCUGGCAUCCUUGGCUUGGCAAUGCAGCAAAGGCAGGAAAAGGAAAGGCUCAGAUGCAAACAAGGCCUCCCUCAGCAAAUCACACCACAGGAGGCAGGAGGAAGAAACCAGAUGACCGGUGGAAUGGACCAUGACAGGAACACACAGACGCUUGUCCCACCUCUGGAUGUCAGGAUCAGAUCCUCAAACCAUGAGCCCACACUGAAUGGCGCUCACUCUCGCAACGAGAGCACUGACAGUGGUCUGAGUGUCAGCAGCUUACCCCGCACAUCGGACCACAUGUUGAGCUCUGUGGAUCACAUGGACACUGGUGACUCUGGCGAGACCUCCUCGAUGACCUUACAGGAGACGAUGCCUGUGCUCCCGAUGUCUGAGGGCGAGGAGCUAAUGCCCUGCAUCCCCGAGGGUCUCAGUUCAGACCUUCUGAUGGACAUGGAGACCGUUCUCUCUGGGUCGCAUAUGGACAGGGACAGCCUGCUCACCUGGCUAUAGACACCCAGCCACCGCCUAAGUAUGGUUUGACAACAGAUCUUCAUAACGCGACUGAGAAUUUUGGAGGAUUCUUUGCUUCAAAAGUGGUACAGAACAGCAUUACUGAGAAAAUACUCUACUGUUAUGUGAUGGAUCCCUAACACUACUCACACCCUGAGGAAUACAAAAGCCUGACUUUCACAGAAGGUGGUAAGCUGCUGGUAUUCUUCUCUUUUUGGGCCUGGUUUUACAGAGAUGCAUGACGAGGAAUCUAUAUUUUUACGACACUCCUUUCUUUUUAGUCAUCGCUCUCAGAUGAUGCUCCCUGCGUCUCUGGUAAAGUACGUCAGAGCUAAUUUUAGAGCACAGAUUUUUUUUAUUAUCCCCUCUUGGGCAACACUGUUUGGAGCAAACCUUUAAAAACACAGAGUAAGUUAAAAAAAAAAAAUCUGCAUCUAACAGUUACAGAAAAGCAAAGGAGACAUGUUAAAACAACAAGUUGCACAAAAGAUAUUUAACUGUAACAAAAAAAUGUAAUAUCCACAUUUAUCUCUUUUACUUUAUAUAGCCUGUGGGACAAAAGAACAACAUCUACAGUAGUGCUACUACCUCUAAGCAGCCUGUAAUUUCUGAUUUUAAUGCACAUUCUAACAGUUGUCCAAAACAUGCUCUUGAGAAGCAUCAGGGCUGAGAGCAAGAGAUGAAUCAAAGAGUUCAUCUCGAUUAAUAUUACAUUGGUUCCAGGAAAACCAAAAAUCCCUGCUCAAAAAACACUUGUCAAAGUUUGCACUGUAUUGCGACACAGAAACAUCAGGGGGGAAAGGACGCACCCAUGUGGUGAGGCAGUAGAAGAUUACAAAACUCCCAUUUACUCUCAAACUUCAGAAAUGGUCAGUUAAAAUUCUCACAAGCCAAAAAAACAAAAUUAAAAACCCUAAUCAGAGCCUUUAUUGAAGACUGUGGGGCUACUCACAGACAAGAUUUUAAUAUCUUCCUAAGUUUUUCAAAAUAAAGCUCAGGAGUAUAAACUCAGUUAAAAUCUCAUUCCUAACAAAUCAAAGCCGGUCAAAAGCACUUAGAGAAAUAAAGGCUACACGAUAGUGCCACUGUGUGUGCCAACACUAAAACUAAUAUUAAAGUGUCUUUAUAGGACCUCUCUUUACAGAAAGGACUACAGGAACAUAUAGAGGAUGUCUGCAGUAAAUGACCACAUGGUCAGUAUAAUGCAAUCCAACACAAUACAGGGUUUUCCCCAGGAAACUGAAAUCCGGACGCAUCUGGUCUUGUGAUCAAUUUAGUUACUAGAUGACAACUUAAGACAGUAGUCACAAUCAUUACAUACAGUAUAUGGCCUUUGCUGUGUGAUGAACCUACUCUGUUCUUUUUACCUUGAGGUUACAGUUUUAUAAAAGUGGUUUCAUGGUUUUUAGAGGAAUAGCCUACAUCUUCUCUGACACACUAUAGGAAAUCCUGCAAUAACCCUGCUAUAAAAUCAGUUACAGUCAUUUUGUCCACUCCAGCAUUGAAUAUAAGCUUCACAGAGGUAGUAUUUAUUGGAGAUGCGUUUUAUUGGAUUACACUAUAUUGUACAGUUGUAAAAUUAUGCUCACCCCUUGUUUAAGAAAUGAUUGCCUUCAUUGGUUUGGUUUGAUACAUACUGGUUUUAUACAUUCCUGAUAAUUUCCCUUUUUCAAAAAAAAAAAAUUUAACUAUUCACUCAUUGAAAGAAUUAAAGCGGUAAUAGUUUCAGCCACAUGUUUGAGUUUUAGCUCCUUACCUAAAAUUACACAAAACUGAAAGAUACACUUUUGGAUGUACACAGUGCAGUUUUAGUUUUAUUUUCAGAUGCAUAUUUUUUUUUCAACAAUUUUCUAAAUUAAUUACUAAACUUUUGAAAAUUGCUUGAGUAAUUAAGUCCCUAUCUGUGGAUAUAAAGACUGCAUUAUUUUUUCAGUCAUGCAUUAUCGAAGUGUAGUGUAAGUGCAGACUGAUUUGAAGAGUCGGCACUGCAAUACCAAACAAUGAUAAUGUAACUGACAGAAAACAAUGCACUUUUGAUGCUCCCUGUAAUGAAUUGUUUCUUACUUUGAGAAUAUAUACACAGCCAGGUGCAGACCAGUGGGAGCUUCAGUGCAAGUCCAUCAAAAUUAAACCACAAUUUUUCUCCAGUAAGCCAAGUUUUUUUUUUCACUAAAUGAUUUAAGCUAUUUUUGGUUUCCUCGUGUAAUUAAUUAAUGUGACUGACAAAUCACCAUAGAUGCCAUGUAUACAAAACCAUAUCAUCAUCAUACUUUUCUCAAAAAAAUCUGUCCUUGGCUCAAGGUUUUCCACUCUGAAGGAGCUGUUUUGUUUGGAAAAUAUUGUGCUUUAAAAAUGAGCUUCAGGGUCAUUUGGGGAGUCAUAGCAUAAGUCAAGGACCCUGUUGUACCGCCUCAGAAAAGCAACAUACUAAUGGUGGAUGCUGUGUUCUUGGUAUAUUUUCUUCUAACUACAGGUGUGAUCAGUUGCUGUAACACAAAAGGCAAUCAUCAGUUUGGGGAGUUCUUUAAUUCUCCUCCUUUAGUUAAACUAUAUAAUAAGUAUAUAAUCUGUUUUUAUCUGCCGGGUUGUUUCUGCAGUGUGUUUAUGUUUUAUCUGAAUUUGAAGCUGUUUUAUUAUUGGUGAGAGAAUUUCUUUUAACCAGCUUUCUUUUUAUAUUUACAGUAUAUAGAGGUAAAGACGCCAUUCACAACAAACUCCAAAGAGCCAAGUCACCUUUUUUAAUCUUUUUUAAAUUAAAGUACCAUGGGCUCAUACACAUGAUGCAACACACUACCUAGCCUAUUAUUUAUCUUGGCAUGCAUGACACUCACUAUGUAUGUUACAUACAAUGAUGUUUAUUAUCCUAUUUACAGAGAAUUAGGAGGGAGUCAUACUUGUUUUGUACCUUUUUAUGCAUGUGCUUUAUAUAAAUAUAUUUCUUCUUACUCUCACUGUAAUCAUUUUAAAGGAGUUUCUGUUUAAUAAACUUUUAAAUACACCUGAAAAGUA